AUGUUCGCUCGUCUGAUUCGACCGCGGGUGUCCCCGAAUGCAGGUCCAUCGAAAAUCGAGCUGCAAGCCCCAGAAGACCUCACUUACCUCCUCGAAAACGUGCGGCGCAUAGCCCAGCGUCACCUCGACGAUGCCCUACCCCCUAUAAAAGGCACCGCGCCUGAGGAGGACGAGCUCAGGACACAGAUGGAAAAAUACAUUAAUCAAUACAUAAACAAAACCUUCACGCUUGUCGCACCGAACAUCUCUAUAAACGGUCUUGACGCCGAUCCUGCUGCAUUUUUAGCGUCGAAUGGAGCGGCCGGCGCAGCGCCACAGGAGCCGCAAGUGGAGUACGAGCCCUGGGACGGACGACUGCGAGAUCGCGUAGAGGAUCUUGCGCGGCAGGAAGAGGAGCUUCUCAACGAGAUCGCGGCGCUGAAGAAGUCUGUGCCCGCGUCCGUCGCGGCGGCGUACGCGCGACGGUUGAAAGAAGAGGCGGCGCGUGAUGAGGAGGCAUUGCGAGAGAGGAAGAAGCAGCCUGUUUCCGAAGUGGAGUUGGACGUUGGCCUGCUGGAGCGACAGGAGGCCGUUGAGGAUGCACAUAGCAGGGCUGUAGAGGGACUGGGGAGGGUCAAGAGGGAAAUGCCUGCAACAGUUGCUCGUAUGGAGAGGGCAAGAGUUGCAGGAGAGUACGUUGUCACGGAAGGGGCUUGA